AUGUCGCUUCAACCUAUACAAAACAAAUUGGUUGAACUUGGAUUAUUCUAUCAGGAUGGUAGUAAUAUUUAUCAUGUGAUUUGUAAAAAGAUAUUGCAAACUUUUCUUCCAAGGGCGGAAAAUUCUGUUCUGGGUGACGAUGAAUAUGACUAUGAGUUCUUUUUUAAAAGUUCGCAUGACCCCACGGCGAUAUUUCAUGUUACAUGUAAAUUAUUAUCGUGUUCUUCAAUUGUAAAUUUGUUGAAUAAAGAAAUUUACGGAAUGGAUUUUGAUGUAAAAGAUUUGAAACGUAGAUAUUUGCUAACUUUGUAUCAAAAAUUAAACCUCGAAGAAAACUUGAAGCAAAUUCUUCCUUCGUAUUUUUUGCAAUUUCAUACUGCUGAUAGUGAAGCGAUGUUAAAUUCUGAUGACACCUUGAAUUUUUUUCAUGAAAAUAUUGAGGAUGAUAUUUUGAUUGGUAUUAAUCAAGACGGUUUCGAACGUAACUGGUCAACCGCAGAGGAUUGUAUUUCUCAUCAAAACGAAAAUUCCUACAUUAAUCAUCCGAAUUUAGGAAAUUAUUAG